AUGGCUGAAACUAUGAACAGUUCAUCGAAAUCAGAUGAAUUAUAUGCACUCUCCGAUGUGUUGUUGGAUCAUCUGGCAGAGGCUCCGAAGUUAGAAGGAUCUCUGUUUUCUAGAAAGAUAGAAUUUCACUUGGCCAGGAAGCCGUUCUCUGGUUUCAGCAACGGAGGUGCGGGUUUCCGGUUGGAGACCCUGAACCCAUCAAGCUCGGAUUCCCGGGCGGCCGACGGUUGUGGUCAAUCGGCACCGCCUGGGAAGAAGCAAGACGGCCCUGAUUUUCUUGAUGUCGGGUUGGAUCCCGAGCUGAGUUUUCCGAUUACGUUCAAGAGAAUUAUCCAGCACGGGGAGCAGUGGGGUUGGGAUGACUUGCUUUGGAUAAUGGAAAAGGAAAUAUCUUAA